CCGGCGCGCACCAGCGCCCCGUACGUCUUUCUUCGGCAGUGCGCGCUCUGGACGGAUUUCGUCUGUAAUCGCAAAACUCUCCUUCUCACACUCCCUCACGAUGGUGCAGAUCGUCGGCAAGUACCAGUACGUGUCCGCGGAGAACUUCGAGGAGUACCUCAACACUUUGGGCAAUACCGAGAUCGCGCAAUCCUUCCUCCAUUCCACGCCGAUCAUCGAAGUCCAGCAGAACGGCGAGCAGUGGGUCAUCACGGUCAACAACAAGGGCAAGACCGGCUGCGCCAAGUUCAAGCUCGGCGAGGUCUACGAGGAGCAGCUGCUGUCCCUGCCGAACUCCUUCAAGAGUGUCACCACGAGAGAAGGCAACUGCUUCAGAACGGAGACUUCGUUCUCCGCGGAUGUCAAGUCGGUCCGAAUUUACGAGUUCACGGCCGACGGCAUGACCGUGCAUUUAUCGUCCGACAAAAGUGACGUCAAAGCCAAGCGGAUGUACAAAAGAUUGUGAAAUUCCUAACUUAACUAAAUACAUCGCCUUGUUUAAUUAAAGAAAUACAAACCUUAAAAAACAAACUCUUUUUUUCUCAAAACACAUACUUUCCACUGCUCAUCACCAGUUUGUCCAUCUUCCCUAAAGAGACAACCGACCCGACGAGGAGGCGAGGUGGGAAUAACGGAGCGGACGUUGAGUCUGUGUUCUCACACGGUUCAAACGUAAUAUGUUAUUUAUUUAAGUAUGAAUUCUGAGAAAGAAAAAUAAAAUGGUGACAAAUACGCGUACACAAGAAAUCGGAAUACCACGCAUAUCCACGCGUGUAAAAACCGCUAAGCUCUAAUAUACUCUCUCUCUCUCUCUCUCUCUCUUUCUAUUUCUCUGGUACGAAGCCGCAUAAUGCAUAUUAUGUCGAAUAUUGUGCGUGUGUACGAGAACGAGGCGGGACGGCGUCCCUCUUCGAAGGACCACUCGCUAUCAUUCAUCUCGCGCGCAAAACAAAACACAUCGAUCAACAUUCGCAUCCCCGAUUUCGUGGCGAGGGCGCGAACCACCCCCGCAGAGACACCGCUCUCUCUGUGUUAUCCUUUCUCUCCCGUUAAUUCGUAUUAUUCUCGUAUUUAUUCUCGCCACAUUCCUCUCCUCUCCCUCCUCCGUAAAAUCGUAUCAACCAAAACUCCAACGAUGACGUCAAGUCGGUGAAAAAGAAAAAAAAAAAACAAAAAAA